AUGCCAAGAAUCUCUAAAUGCAAACUUCAAUCACGCCAUGCAUAUCAAGCUUCAGCAAGUAAACAAAAGGCUAUUCAACGUGAAAAAUAUAUUUGUGAUAUCAAUCAAAUUUUAAUACAAACAGAUGAUGAUGAAUUAAG